AUGGCGACCAUUGUAAAGCACGCGUCUCGCGCAAAUCUUGGACGGCCGUCGUCCAGCCGAGCGCGCCUCGGCGAAUCUGGUAGCUCCUGUCAAGCCAGCCCCUUUAACGCACGCGGGGCAAGGACUCUUACCGACACCACCGCCGUAAGAUUCGUUCAAGAAUCGCUUCAAGUUCGCCAGACCGCGACAAUCCGAAGGACAGCAGUCGGAUCGGCUCGAGCCUCGGCGGUAACCAGUGCUGACGUGGAGGAAUGGAGCAAGGCGGCGCGGCUGGUCCGGCAAGAGCAGCUGGAGGGUCAAGCUUUGGAUGCGCUUCAGAAGACCAUCGAUUCAUUCGAGCGCCCAACGUUUCCAUGCGCGCUUAUCGCGGGCGACGUGGUUAUCCUCCACCUGCUGCACCGGCUCGGCGCGCUGGGCGACAAUCCCAAGGUGAAGGUCGUGUUCAUCGACACCUUCCACCUCUUCCCGGAGACGUACCAGUUCCUCAAGGACUGCGAGGAGCGUUUUGGGUUCAAGGCGGAGGUGUUUCAAGCUGCGGGGCUUAACUCCAAGGAGGACUACGUCAAGAAACAUGGCUCCGACCUCUUCAUCCGGGACAUAGACGAGUACGACCAGAUCUGCAAGGUGGAGCCGUUCAGCCGCGCGCUGACGUCGCUCAACGUGGACGCUAUGAUCAACGGGCGCCGCAGAGACCAUGGCGCUGAGAGGGCGCACCUGGAGCUAUUUGAAGACGGCACACCAGUGAAGGUGCAGCCCCUCGCAUACUGGGAAUUCAGGUAUGCUAGCUACUAUGGGAGUUGCCGAUGCUGUAAUGUGAUGCUGUGGGGUCAUGGUCCCUCGGUUCCUGAUGGGACUGCUUCGACUACCUGGAGAGGCAUGGGGUGCCAGCCCACCCUCUUCACGCCGACGGCUUCCGCUCCAUUGGAGACAUACAGACCAGACCACCCUACUAAACCACUCUUUCGUCCCCCACCCCUCUCCCCCACCAGGGACUGCUUUGAUUACCUGGAGAGGCAUGGGGUGCCAGCCCACCCUCUUCACGCGGAUGGCUUCCCCUCCAUUGGUGACAUCCAGACCACCCUGCCCGUUCCGCGUGCCAAGUGGUUCGAGUACGGUGGAGAGCGGUCGGGGCGGUUCCAGGGGCUGAAGAACAGAGACGGGUCGGACAAGACAGAGUGUGGCAUUCACGUGGAGGAUGCUGUGGCCUCAUCCCUCACUCCGCCUUCCUCCUCCCUCACACCACCUUCCUCCUCACUCACUCCUCCUUCCUCCUCACUCACUCCUCCUUCCUCCUCACUCACCCCGCCUUCCUCCUCCCUCACCCCCCCAUGA